UCAUUGGCGCGAAGCGAGGACCCUGCGAACGCCACGAAUAGACUCGGGACCGGGGAAGGGAAGGACGGCCGUUUUGCAGCGCGUCGAUUGCUUCUUUGGUCGGGCGGGAGAGCGAGAUAUCCAACCAUGAGAGAGAGAGGUUACGGAAUACGGCGACAGUGAGAUGAGAUGAGAUGAGAUGAGAUGAGAUGAGAUGAGAAUGUGAAUGUUUAAGUGUGACUCGAAGCGAUAUCUUGAAUCAUGUUGUUGCGACCGCGGUGGGGAUGUUGGAGCUUGCAUAAAGUUACGUCGUUGUGCAUAAGGCGAUCAAGAGGGUUUUCGACACGUGAGAGGUGGGUGGAGAGGGAUGUUGAGAGGUAUCAUGUUGCUUGUGGUUCUUCUGGGUCUAUUACUGUAGAUCUCCACAACCCACAAGUCCUCACCAAUCCCACCACCCCUCUAAUCCUCUACCUCCCACCCACAGGCACCCACCUCCGCUCCACCCACCGCUCCAUACCCUCCUCCCUCCUCUCCUCCUUUCCGCUCUUACAAAUAAACUACCGCUGGAACACCACCCCAUCAGUUACCAAAUACCUCGCCUCCCACCCCUCCUUCAAAAACCACGCAUUCCCCACACCUCUCCACGACAUCCACCACGCAUACACCCACCUCACGACCACUAUCCUGCCAAGAUACACCUCAUCUCCUCCUACCUCACCACUUCACAACUCCUACCGCUACUCACCGCCAGCGUUCCCACGCCUCAAGACCCCGCAACGGCCGUUGAUAAUCUACGGCUCCUUCCUCGGCGGCGCCCUAGCUACUUCGUUCGCUUUAACGGAGUCGCGAACCUCUCUCAUUCCUCCCGUGCGGAUUGCAGGCCUUGUUGUUAGGGACGGGGUUUUUGAUUUCUCGCAGCUGGCUUUGUUGGAGGGUCCUUCUUCAUCACCUGGUAGUUGUGGGAAUCGAGGAGGGUGUUGGGAUGGUGGAAACUGGGAUUCACACCAGCUCCAUAGAAUGAAGAAAAUCCUAUUCGAUAAGCCGGCGUCGACGUUCGAUUCCUUCGCCUCGCCCAUAUUCUUCUUACGGACUCCAGGAGUGGAGAUCCCUAAGUUUUGGCCGGGAGAAGAUGAUUCUUCUUCUUCUUCUGCCUUCAGUCAAGAGGAAGAUAUCUGGGUCGAUGGGGACGGAGAAUCUCUCUACGUUCCUUCUCCAGCUUCUCCAGCUUAUUCUACUUCAACAGGAACCCAAACAGGAGACCAAAUAGUAGACGGAGAGAACAUCAAUGGAGAUGAAAAACCCAGCAAUGGCAAAACCAUCACAACACUAGAGACGCAGAAGCCGCCCGCAAAAGCACUCCUCAAAUUCCCGCCCUCUUACACGGAUCUCAUUCUUCCUAGGUCGUUGUUUCUUUAUACCUCUCCAACCUCAUCUCCAUCUCCCACCUCAACCUCAGCAUCAAAACUCGCCUCCCUCACAGCACGCCGCAAACCAAAACCCACCUCCAACAACCAGACACCCACGGACCACAAUCCCAAUCUCAAAGCAGAACUCGGCCUAGGCCCCCUCCAUCCAAAAGCCCAAACAACACAAAUAACCACACUCCUGCGCCGGAGUAUCGUGGUUCAUGAAUCGAAGACUUGGAGCGGCAGGGAUGGGGAUGGGGAUGGAGAUAGGGAUCCGGGGGAAGUUGCCGAGGAACGGAUCCAAGUUCUCGAGCUAGGCGGCGCCGAUUCAGAGGCGCAGAAGAAGUCAGGAGAGGAUGAAGCUGUAGGACGAUGGAUCGCUGAUAUAUAUCCUUGAGCAUGCGGCGUAGAUACCUAGGUUAAGUAGAGCCACGCGAUUCCGGACUGAGGACACGAGGACACGAGGAAGGAAUCAUGCAACAUCUCAGCUCAGCUCAGACUUGGCCAGUUAGCGAAAAUGUAGGACGGAGUGUACAGUACACCCACCCACCACGCAUCAAUCAUCAUCAUCAAUCAAAACUAGGCUUGCAACGAGAUGUAAAAUAAUAGAUUGUCC